AUGGGAGCAUCCGCGCGACGGGGAGUGAACGGCGCCGCGUUGCCCAAAGGGAACGAGCUGUGCGAAUCAGUCGAUACAGCGGCGUCGGUGGACACGAAUAACGGCGCAGUUUAUAGCGGAGACAGGCUCCGCUCGAUAUUUGCACAAGGGACGAGCUUUUCUGCGGCGAGUGAGCGACCGUGGAGCAGCGGAGGGUGGGGCGUGGCGGACGGGGCGGGGGACAGCGUUUCGGAGCGGGGGGACGCGGAGAGGGAGGACAUAGAGCGGCGCGUUUCGUACAGUAGCAGCAUUGCGGGCGCGGCUGGUAGUGUAGUUAGCAGCAGCACGGCGGCUUAUACUGAAACUGCUUAUAGCGAGUCGCUGAUCAUCCAGCACACGGAUCGCGACACGGACUGUGAGAGCGUGACGUCAGCGUCUAGCGGCAGCGGGUACGACGCGCUUGCGUGGGCGGGAAGCGCGCCGAUGGGCGGAGUCAUUGCGCCAACGGGCGGAGAAAACGCGCCACUGGGCGGAGAAAACGCGACGACGGAAGGCGAAAGCGCGCUGAUGGGGGGGAGAAGUGCGCGGCUGGGGGAAACUCUUGCGGAUGGGGGCGGCGGAGACUUCGCGACCCUCUGGCGGAGCCUCCCCCGCGAUCUGCGGCGCACGCGGUCGCUGCAGAGCCCGCGGGAGAACGCAGGGGGAUAUCCCGGGGGGAACGCGGAGGGAGGGUUUGCGGGGGAGUCGAGAGGAAAUGGUGGAGACGUGAGGAACGGAAGCAGCAGGUACGCGGAGGGCGCGGAUCAGGGGAGCUACGUUCAACAAGGCAGCAUGCGACGAGUGGGUAGCGCAGAGAUGUUACCCGCUGUAGCGCAUGAGUCAUUUGUACCGGCUGUAACGGGCGCAGCUGGCGCAGGCCCGCUUGCCCCCUCGGCGCACUCCCCCCCGGAUCUCCCGCCCCCGUCCCCGCGGUCCGCUGGCGGCGCCGCGUGGGUGGUGAGCGUGCCGUCCUUCGCGCAGCACCGCCUGCGCGUUGCCUCCGCGGAGAGGGCCGCGCGCGGGGGGGGCGAGGGGCGCGGAGCGGGCGAGGGGCGGGGAGGGGAAGUGUGGCGGGGGGAAGACCUUGCGCGGGGAGAGGGGGAUGGAAGGAUGCCAGACCAGCGCUCGCAGCAGGACCAGCAGCAGCAGCAGGUGCCGAGGGUGCACAGGCGAGCGCGCAGCCUGCAUUCAAGUGACAUGGAGGCGAUGAGGCUGGAGCAGAUCGGCGAGUUCAGCAUCCCCUCGUUUCAGCAGCAGAUGGGAGAGGCCUCUGCGAUGCCCCUCGCCCGCCCCUCUCCGUCUGCUGCGCCUCUCCUCUCGCCCUCGCUUCACCCUCGCGGCUGUUUGCUGCGUUCUCCCCGCUCGCCCCGCCUGCCUUCCGUUCCUCCCAGAGCCGCUGCUGGAACCCCGUCAGUGCCGCACCCAACCGUGCCGCUCCCAACCCCACAGCACUCACAGAAUCAGCUGCCGCUGCUGCCGCCGAGGGCGCACAGGCGAACGCGCAGUCUUCAUGCAGGUGACAUGGAGUGGAUGAGGCUGGAGCAGAUCGAUGAGUUCACCAUCCCCUCCUUCCACCACCCCUCGCCCUCCACUCUGUGCCACUCCCUCCACUCCCCAUCCGCGCCCCUCCUCUCCCCCUCCCCGUCCGCGCCCCUCCUUCCCCCCUCCCCAUCCGCGCUCCGUCGCUCCCCCUCGCUGCAAUCUCGCCUCCGCUCGCCCCGCUCGCCCCGCCUGCCUCCCCUUUCUCCCAGAGUUGCCUCUGGACCCUUGCCUCUCCCCCGUUACCGCAUCGGCCGCCCGUUUGUUCCCCGUCUGGCAUAA